GCACGUAUGUGAUACAGUAUAAAUAGCCCGCACGCUCCACAAACCCCAUGGCACCCAUAUACCAGGUCGCACUGGUCCUGCGAUCUGCAAUCUUCCUCAUCCCAUGGCUCAUCCAUCUCUUCAUCGCCGACAUCUUACUUUCCGCUCUCUUACCCCUCUCCGCGAUCGCGCCCACCCUAGCAUAUGACCUCUCCUCCGCAAUCGCCGAGCCCGUAUGGAACGGAAUCCAAAGUAUCCUGACGCGAAGAAAUGGCGCCAAGAUUAUCGUUUCGGGUGCAGAUGAUCUUCCGCCGGGGGAGAGUGCGAUUGUAAUAUCGAAUCAUGUCGAAUGGGCCGAUUUCUACAGUAUUCAAGCCCUUGCUCUUCAGAAAUCAAUGCUUGGUCGCUGUCGGUAUUUCGCCAAACAGCAACUCAAAUGGGUACCAUUUCUCGGCUGGGGCCUCUGGGCCAUGGGCAUGCCUCUCGUCAGCCGCAACUGGAUGACAGACCAACGUGAAAUGGAUCGAGUCUUCAAAGGCGUGCAAGAAAGGAAGUGGCCAAUGUGGCUCAUAUCCUUCAGCGAAGCAACACGCUACACGCCAUCCAAACGCCUCUCAGCAGAGAAAUGGUGCGAAGCCAAUAAUCGCCAGCUGGGGAAACAUGUCCUCUACCCUCGUGUCAAAGGCUUUUGCGCGUCUGUGAGACAGUUGAGAACUACGCCUCACGUGCAAGCUGUCUACGAUCUUACUAUUGCUUAUGCCCACCACCCACAAGGAGGGAGUCCGCAAUUUCAGAAGCCACCCACAUUCUGGCAAACGCUUUCCCAACCGAAGCUGGACCAACAAAAUACCUUUUACGUUCACGUCACACGGCACGCGAUAGCAGACCUACCGCAUUCGGACGCCGAGCUCGCACAAUGGCUGGAAGAUAGAUGGGUGGAGAAGGGAGAGAGGUUGGAAAUAUUGAGGCAGAAGUUGGUGAAAAGUGUGAGCUGGGCAGGGUGAUGCGUUGAACGGGCGAACGAAUUGUGCACGAUGAAGCAAAAUAGAUGCAUAGUGACAAUCUUUCGUCAUUGAAGUAAUACGGCUUAAUACAGCAAGCAUACAUGCUGCUAGCUAGAUCAGAUACCCCUCCGACGCCAUGCUACGCUAAAUGCUUCUGCGCC